CGAGACCUCCAUUAUUUGAUGGAACGAAUUACACAUAUUGGAAGGAGCGGAUGAGAAUUUUCAUCCAAUCCAACAACUUUCUCCUAUGGAGAAUUAUCAAGAAUGGGGAAGAAGUGCCAUGAAGAAAGUUGGGGAAACCACCAUUCCCAAAACCGAAGACGAAUAUGAUGCACAGGAUAUCAAGAAAAUAGAGAACAACGCCAAGGCCAUCAACAUUCUUUACUGUGCCGUAAAUCCGGAUGACUACCGGAAAAUUUCAUGUUGUUCGACCGCUAAGGAUAUGUGGAACAAGCUCGAAAUCACAUAUGAAGGUACGAAUCAAGUCCGAGAAGCUAAGAUAGAUUUUCUAACCCAUGAAUAUGAAUUGUUUCGUAUGAAGGAAAAUGAGAAAAUUGAUGAGAUGUUUGAACGAUUCUCCAAAAUCGUCAAUGAUCUCCAUGCUCUCAAGAAGACGUACACGGACAAGGAGCUUGUGAGAAAAAUCCUGCGAAGUCUCACACCCGAGUGGCGCUCCAAAGCUGAUGCCAUUCAAGAAUCUAUCGGCAUCACCAACGUCACCAUUGAUGGGCUUAGAGGUAAUCUCAAAACCUAUGAGGCUACCAUUCUUUACCCCUCUCUAGGUGAACAAAAGAAGAAUGGGAUUGCCCUCAAGGCAUCUACAAGCCAAGAACGUGCUAUGGAAGACUCGAGUGACGAAGACGAGUUCGGGAUCGUGCUCAAGAAAUUCCAUAAGUUCAUGAGCCAAGAAUAUGAACGGAAAGGAAAGAAGCAAGGAGGUCCACCCAAAUGCUACGAGUGUGGAGAAGUUGGGCAUAUAAAACCAAAAUGUCCAAACACCAAGAACAAGAAGAAAAUGUUCAAGAAGCACCGAGCUUACAUCUCAUGGGGAGGAGGUCAAAGAAAAAGAUCCCGCACCGGCAAGAACGUGGCUUCUUCCUCGGCUCCUCCACCACCGGCGCACAAGUAUCUCGACGGGUCGUUCCUUUGGUUCAACGACCGCGCAGAGGCGACACGGUUCUCUAAGAAGUUCGAGCACCGGGAGAUUCUUCCUCCCCGGUUUUCCACCGGCCGAUUCAUCCACAGUGCCAUCCCUCGCCAGGCACGGGUCAUCCUCGAGAGUGGACGCUUCCUCGACCUCCUCUACAUCAAGAAGAACGACUACCACCCUUUUCUUGUUCGAGCCUUCUACUCGAAUUUGAAAAAGGAUGAGGACGGGUCGUUGAUUUCCAACGUCAAUGGGGUGGAGAUCUAUUUGAAUGAGGAGAACAUUCAAAUCCUCACCGAGCUUCGACGGGAUGGACAGGAUCUCGGGCUCUACGUCGGAGAAGAAGGAGCACGGUUCAACGAGACCGCCCUCUUGGAGGAAGUGGGCAUCCGAAACUUCGUCCCCACUCCUCAACAGCGGCGUCCUACGAUUUCUUCCAUGAGUCCCGUGUAUCGUUUCAUCUUCUAUGUGUUGACACGGAUCCUCAAGCCCAGGAAGUUCAACCACACCACUCUCUCCCAAGAAGACACGAAGACGAUCCAUGCGAUGAUUCACAACGCCAAUAUCAAUUGGUGGAAAUUUGUGAUGAUCCACAUGUUCAACGCCACCUCCGACAACCGGCCGCUCCCCUAUGCUCUUCUCGUCAUGGCGAUCCUUGAUGAGUACCACAUCAAGACGGACGUCGGGCCGAAAUGCAAAGGGACGAAGCAUUGGGUGAUUGACGAGUCCUCCUUCCACCCGGGAACCGAUGAAGCUACGUUCCCGCAGCCUCGUCCUCGUCACCAACCGAGAGCUACUGCCUCGACUGCCACCGCUUCAACCAAUCUGUCUCUCGCUGAGCAAAUGGCAGCUUUGACCACUACCUUGUCUCGGAUAGACACCAACGUCUCCAAAACGGCACACAACGUCGAUGUUUUGAGCCGUGAGCUUCACGGGUAUUUUGACUUUGUCAAUUACCCUUACGCUCAAAUGGUCCCCUACGUUCCUCCACCGAAUUUCGGAGGUAAACCAAGCGGGACUCAAAAUGUUGGUAGGGACGACGCAGUGGACGUUGAAGAAGAAGAAGCAGAAGAAGAAGAAGAGGAAGAAGAAGCCGAUGAUGAUGAUGAUGAUGAUGGCGAUGGUGAUGAAGAUGGAGACGAUGAAGAAGAAGACAUUGACGAAGAACAACUUCUCAAUGAUCUUUCCCCGGAUUUCUAAGAGCUCUAGCUUUAUUUUUCUCCUCUUCCUUAUUUUAUCAUCUUUUUAUGUACUUUCGUUAUGAACUCCUCCACUUCCCUUAAUUAAUUAAUAAAAAUCUUUAUGGUUUUUGUUAUUAAAUCUUUUUGUUAAUG